AUGACAGAUCCAUCGAUGACCGCCACAGUCGCCGUGGGUAUUGCGACGGGUAUUCUUGCUAUUCCUGGUUUUCUGAUAGGAGGCAGAGCCCUACUGCAGUGGUUUAUGAGAGGGAGAAGUCGCACAGCCGAUGAACCUAUUUUGCCAACAUCCUCCCCUAGAGUGGACAAAACCGAUGUGCAUUACGAAGCACAACAUCUCCAUUACAACUAUGUGUCUGAAUCGAUUGCACUGACUGCCGUUGCGAAUCUUGAUCAAUCUAUUACAACUCAUCGUUCAUUCUUCGGUCCGGAAAAAGGCGCUCCUCUUGUAUCCAAACAGCAAGAUGGCCCCAAUGCUACCCCGGCAACCGAACCAACCGCAAUAUCAUCACAGACGCGAGCUAUUCCUUUGCAACAAUUGAUGACCAUUAAGUCAGUAGCAACUCCUCCGGUAGUGGUUGUCGGAACUGUGAUGAAAGCACUACCUUUUAUUAGGAAGGCAACCCAGGGCUCGGAUCAGAUAAGAUAA